AGUAUUGAUCGGGACAGAAAAUGGUGAAAAUUUACACGAGGGUUGUCAUGUAUGUCCUUGAAAAAAGUAAUUCUGCAAAAAUUAUGGAUUUACAAAGAAAAACACAAUUUUCUCGUGCAGUGAAUACGAAAAUAUCGCUAAAAUGAAACUUAUUGAUAAAUCAAUCGAUAAGGAGAGGCAAGGGUAUGUGACCCUUGUCCCUGAAGAACCUGAGGACAUGUGGCACGCGUACAAUCUCAUAUCGGAAGGAGAUGCUGUACGCAGUACCACAGUCCGAAAAGUUCAAACUGAAUCUUCAACAGGAUCAUCCACUUCAAGCCGAGUUCGAACCAUGCUGACGAUUGCAGUUGAAGCCAUAGAUUUUGAUACUCAAGCAUGCAUGCUAAGACUCAAGGGGAAGAACAUUGAGGAAAACCAAUAUGUGAAGAUGGGGGCUUACCACACUCUAGAUUUAGAAUUGAACCGCAAAUUCCGACUAAGCAAACACGAAUGGGACUCAGUAUCACUCGACAGAGUCGAAAUGGCCUGCGAUCCCACUAAAAGUGCGGAUGUAGCGGCUGUGAUCAUGCAAGACGGGCUGGCCCAAAUUUGCUUAAUCACAUCUAGCAUGACACUUGUGAGAGCAAAAAUUGAAGCAUCCAUACCAAGAAAGAGGAAAAAUUUCAUCCAACAACAUGAGAAAGCUUUAGCAAAGUUCUAUGACAAUAUUAUACAAGGAAUUUUGAGACAUAUUGAUUUUGAUAUUGUUAAAUGUGUUCUGAUAGCGUCACCAGGCUUCGUUCGUGACCAAUUUUAUGAAUACAUGUUUCAAAUGGCUGUUAAAACAGACAACAAAAUUUUGCUCGAGAACAAGUCCAAGUUUAUGCUUAUUCACUCAUCAACUGGGUUCAAGCAUUCUUUGAAAGAGAUUUUACAAGAUCCCGCUGUAGUAAGCAAGAUUUCGGAUACUAAAGCUGCUAGUGAGGUAAAAGCGCUGGAAAAUUUUUAUACCACUUUGCAGUGUGAACCGGAUAAGGCUUUCUAUGGAAAAAAGCAUGUGGAAAAAGCGAAUGAAGCGCAGGCGAUUGAGACUCUUCUGAUUUCUGACAAUUUAUUCAGAUGUAAAGAUGUGAAUCUGCGUAAGGAAUACGUGAAUCUGGUUGACUCAGUGAAAGAAUUCGGUGGUGAUGUGAAAAUUUUCUCAAGUUUGCAUAUAUCAGGGGAACAAUUAGAACAAUUGACGGGCGUAGCAGCAAUUCUCCGUUUUCCGAUGCCAGAACUUGAUGAAGAUGAUGAUGAAAGCGAUGGAGAUUAAAACAGCCAAAAUAAAGUUAACGCCAUUUAAUUAUAUCACAAAUAAAAAGUUCUACUUUAGAUGUUAACGUGUUUUAAAUUAUUUUGUUAUUAUGAAAUAGGGAAUUUGUUGUAUAUUUUAAUUGUUAUAUGUGAAUAUGCGUCAGGUUCUAGUAAAUGCAGUCUUCAUUCGUAUGUAUUAUAAAGUGUAUAUUUUAAAACAACCAUAUUCCUAUUUAUUGUAUAACUUAAAACCAUAAAAUUAUUUUAUGUACUUUAUAAAAAAAUUUCGUUGCAACACA